UCCCGAUUGUGGUACAGAUGCGGUGCCCUAUUAUAUGAAGACGCAUUGAGCCAUACUAUAAUCCACUUUCAAGUAAGAAAAUUGAAGGUAUCGUAAGAACAUGCCCAAACAUAAUUCAUUUGAAUUUCGAAAAUUGUGUGGGUUUUAGUAAUAGAGCAUUAAAUCAGCUUAAAGCAUACCCCAAUCUGAGAUAUCUUAAUUUAUGUAGUAGUGGUAUUAUGGGUGAUAAAGCUUUAUGUGGAAUGGUGGGAUCAUGUCAUAAAAUAGAAUAUCUAAAUAUUUCUUUCUGUCAAGGUAUUACUGAUAGAUCUUUAAUCAAAAUUGCGGACAGUUGCCAAGCUUUACAAGAGUUUCAUUUUGCUUGUGCGCAUUUGAUUUCUGAAAGAUUUAUAAGUCACAUCUUAAACUCAUGCCCAAAUUUACGAAGAUUCAGUAUUCCGGGUAGCUGUCGAAGAAAAAAUAGAUGUGAUAUAUUAGUAGAAAAACUUCUUACUGUAGAGAAACACCUUAAUGUAGAGAAACAUCUUAGUGUAGAGUAUCUUGAUUUUGGUAGGUGUGUUUACGUCACCGAGACUUCAAUUUGCAAUGCCAUUCAUUCCUGUCCAAAUCUCCAACAUCUCAACCUUAGUUUUUGUGGAAUUACUGAUAAAACUAUCGAAAAAAUUGCUAGAUCAUGUUAUAUUUUAAAAUAUCUUAAUUUAAGGGGGUGUUAUAAAAUUAGCAAAAGAGCUAUAAAUAAGCUAAAUCCAAAUAUCCACAUAGAGAAUUUCGAGGAAACUUUAUCACCUCCCGAUCUCAUUGGAGCAGUUAGAAAUCAUCUUAUAGAGAACAAUGUUUCUAAUAGACAAAUUUUAGCUCAGGGUUAUCAGCGCCUCUUAGAUUUAAGUAUGCGAGAUAAUUUGCAGUGGUAUUCCAAUCCAGGGUUGGCUAGAUCAACAGUCCAGAAUGGUGGUCGGUUAUAUAACACCCGGUAUAGUAUUGCUAAUAAUCAAAAUUCAGUUCUAUCUCAGAUACACCGGCAACCUAACAGACGGUCACCAAGGAAUUAUUUUGAUAGAAUACUAGCUGAUCAAGCAGAAUGCUGGUACUCUACUGAUCUAACUAAUCUGGAGCAGUGAUCAGCUCGGAAGAUUUUUUGUUGGGUUAUAGUAUGUGUGAUAAAAAAUAUAGAUUAG